CUUACUAUUGGGAAUGGUUUUGUCAGUCUUUGGAGGGAAACUGUUGGACAAAGACAGCGGUUUUCUUCGUGUAAUAUUUUGAGUAAUACAUGGUUAAUUAGGACUUCUACUGCAGUCACAGAAAGCGUGGGAAGAAGGAGCAAGGGAGUGAACUCCAUUCAGUUCCACAAAUUGAUUGGAGCCUUGACGUUUGAUGCUCUUGAGUUAUAUGAGAAUCAAAUAUUCUAAUUAUAUGGAAAUGUAAAACUAGACAGUCUUGAGUUAUCUUCCUCCUGUGUGGUUAAGUAGCGAAAUAACCACAAAGUUAUAUUUUAAUUUGAUUUUGAUAGAUUUUAAUCAUAUAAUUGCAUCGGAAAAAAAACAAUGGAGGUAUGGUUUGUUACUCUUAUAUUUGUGCUGCUUAGUAUCACCACUACAGUGCAGUUUGGCUGUUCCGAAUGUCAACAGGCAUGUACAUGGUUGUCUUGGGAAAGUUGGAGUUCUUGUAGCGAAACUUGUGGUCCCGGUUGGCAAACACGAAUGAGAGGUGUAAGUUGCAAUCUAAUAGCGGAAAUGAGGAGAAAUAAGGACUGUAUCACAGAGUGUGGUAUCAAUGCAGAUUGGCGUGACAGACAAGAGUGUAACGACUUUUGUUACAAUGGCGGGUCAAUCUGGCAAUGGGGCUCUGGAUGUGAUUGUCGGGAUGGAUACUAUGGGUCGUGCUGCGAGAACGAAUGCCGGGCCAUUACACAGUGUAAGCGACGAAGCUGCACACAUUACGACAACACUGUGUGCAAAGAAUGCAAUGAAAACAAUGCGAUAUUCAAGCCAUGGCAUGGAGAUAAAGAAUGUCAACGUAUGUGCGCAUGGAACAAUCAGUAUUGCUGGCCCGGAACAUGCAGCACCAACUUGACUCAGGACUGUCAAUGUAUGAAUGGCUUUGUCAAAAGAUCAACUGUUGAUAACAGUUCCGUCGAUGCCGGAGAAACAACGUGUCAGCCCAACACACUUCCUGAUAUUUUGACAUGCGACACUGUUGCAGUUGGACCUAACGGCGAGGAGAAAAAGGCAAUGAGCACCAACCAUUCAACUGCAUGUCAAUACCUUGCAGACAUGUACGGCAACUACCAACCGAGUAUUAUGAAGUUUACAAUGUCUUCGGAAUUUGCAGUAUAUAUUUCACUCAGCAAACCAUCUUUCAUCGCAGAAGAAAAAUUUGGAAUCAGCGAUACAACAAUAACAGUAAAGGUUCGGGCUAUUACAGGUUCCUAUGAAGCAAAGUCAAUCCAUAAACAAUUAGAUGAUACGUCAUUCAGCACAGGCGUGAUACAAGCUCAGCAUGACUCGGGAAAUAUAACUGUCAACCAGACGAUGUAUAAUCUACAAAAUGGAGAAGCACUUUGUUUGGAGUUUGAAGCAAAGGCGGGAGGCUACUUAAAAAGCAUUGAUACAAGGGCAUACACACAUAUAACAUCAAGGCCGGUUCCUUACACGAAGGUCACAAAACAAAGGACAGUGUGUUACAUAUACGACAACGCACCACCGGAACAUUGUUCCAAGUCGGGGUCAUGCUCGUCCGAACCAUUGACGCUUCAGAGGCGAAUUACACGAUCCGCAUUGUCGAUGGUUCAAUUCAACGGUUGGUUAGACCCAGUGCCAAGUGAAGGAGCAAGUGAAACAGCUUCGUCGAUUGAAAGUUACCAAAUAACUGUCAACGAAGUACCUUCCUCCAACGACUCUUUGAAAGUUGAUUAUACAAAGAAUACAUAUACCAGAAAAGUACUCUCAUCUGCUGUGCAUGAAAUGGAGUUGAAUCUCACAUCAAAUUCGCCGCGACUAUAUUGUAUUACACUAGAGGUCAAAGAUAUUGCAGAUAACGUUCGCCAAAGUAGAAGGUUUAUGUUGUACGACAGCACGAGCUUCAUUGAAACAUGGAAAGACAAUCCAUAUAAAUUUGAUUCAGCAUCGAAAGAGACGAACUUCACUUGGCAAACACAUCACAAUGACAUUUGUCUGAAUUGGACAAACUAUUUUAUUAACAUGUUCUAUUUGCAAAAUAAACUUUUAAAUAAAAUAGAGUCCGAACCCGAUGGCAUUAUAACCGGCGUAUAUGAACAAACAACUGGCCUUCUUCCCGUUGGUGGAACACCGAAUGUACACGGGAUAAUAGAAUAUUACGUAUCCUGGAAACUCAACAAUGGCGCGUUUACUGUAGAACAACUCGUACCAAACUUUCUGAAUCAACGAUUCUGUACCAAUUUAAAUAUUGCUGAUGGACAGACCUAUACAUUCAACAUUCGUGCAGUAGAUAUUGUCGACAACAGUUUCAACGAGUCUAGAACCGUUUACAUAGAUCGCUCGCCACCCCAUAUAAACAACAUUUGGCUUAAGAAAGACGGAUAUGAGAUGUUAUAUGUUCAUAAUAGCACCGAUUUGUCGAAGAUGCAGAUGACGUUUGACGCAUUGGACCCGCAUAGCGGAUUGCACAAAAUUAAGUGGGAGUUCGGAAUCGCCGUUACGUCAACUGUGUUAACAACUGGUUAUUUGCCAGUAGUGCCGAUCAAAAACGCAACUUGCCCAACUGGAAAUUUUAAUUGCUAUUGCCCGGACAUACAAAUGUGUGAAUUUUUCAACUACUCAAUCCCGCUAAAUAAGCUUGUUGAAGCAGAUAAGCAUACCGGGAACCACAACCGGAACUACUAUUUCAAAAUAACGGUCACCAACAAUGCCUUGCUAACAACGAUAGGGCAUAUCGAUGUACUUGUUGACGAUUCCCCACCAGAAGAAGGAGUCCUGUGGACUACAAAGAUAUUGACUACACAAGUGCGGAUUCCUUUGUUGUACACUGGCAUGGAUUUAUCGACCAUGAAAGUGGAAUCAAACUCUACAGGUUAGGGCUUGCCGCCAGAUGCUUAACAAAACAGGAACUGUGCAACUUUACAGAAGUGGCUGAGAUAAUGGUCUAUAAAGAGCUUACUGAGACAUCAGUUCGUCUUCCAGCAAAUUUCACAGGUAAACGGU